CUCCGCCGAUACGCUCCUUUAAGCUCCCUUCGCUGAUCGUUCUCGACAAAGCGCCGGCCUCUCCUCCCCGCCCCUCUCCCCCUUCGGGACUCUUACCGCUCAUUCAGCACACGGAGCCUGCUUGUCAUUCCGCACCAUGUACGGUUACUCAUCGUCGUCUGACACUGACGAUGAGUACUACUACCGCAAACAUAAGGGGGCCGCCCCCACGAACAACAACUCGAACGAUGCCAACAAGAAGAAGAAGAAGCGCAAGCUGCCGCCGCAGCAGAGCAUCAACCGUAUAUGGAAGCGCUUCAGCAACAAGCGUUUCAACAAGGCCCUCGCCGUUCUUCCCUUCGACCCGGUCCUGCCUCCCGUCCUCUGCGACCGGUCCAACGAACUGUUGACCGCCGGCUACGAGCGUGCCGUGGAGGAAUGUCGUCGAAAGGUCCAGAAGAUCAUCCAAGAAUGCCGGAGGGUGAACACGCGAUACCGCGAUCCUGGCUGGGAUAUUGACUGGGACCUGAAGAUGGAGAAGGGCCACUGUCUGAACAGCCUCGGCCGGAACAAAUUCGAUUUGAGCAUGUCGUCAAUGAUGAACCCGAAUUCGGUCGUGCCGAAAGCGGUCAAGCGCGUCCACGAGAUCUUCGAGAACCCGACAUUCUUGGCCAACGUUAGCGGUUCCGACGUCAAGCAGGGCAGCCUGGGCGACUGCUGGCUGAUGUCCAGCCUUUCGGGUCUGGCCAAUGUCAAGGAUGGCAUCAGGCGUAUCUGCGUCGAGUGGGACACCAGAAUCGGCAUCUACGGUUUCGUCUUCUACAGAGACGGAGAAUGGAUUUAUUCCAUCAUCGACGACAAGCUCUACCUCAAGUCGCCGUGCUGGGAUUCGCCAAGUUUGCAGCGCGACCUUCUGCAGCAGAUUGACCGUGAAGACGUCGAGCGCGUCUAUCGCAAGACGUAUCAGACGGGCUCCAAGGCGCUUUUCUUUGCGCAGUGCAAAGACCAGAACGAGACCUGGGUGCCCCUGAUCGAGAAGGCCUAUGCCAAGGCCCACGGGGACUACCUGUCCUUGUCCGGUGGUUGGAUCGGUGAGGGCCUGGAGGAUCUCUCCGGCGGUGUCACCACCGAGCUUCUUGCCUCUGAUAUUCUCGACCUGGACAGUUUCUGGGAAAACGAGCUGAGCAAGGUCAACGAAGAGUUCCUCUUCGGUUGCAGCACCGGCCUUCUCGAUGGCGGUUACGGUGACCGCGACGGCAUCGAGGAAGGUCAUGCAUACCUCGUGAUGGAGGCGCGGACGCUCAAGAACGGAACUCGCCUUGUCAAGCUGAGGAACCCAUGGGGCAUGAACAAGAAGGGCCUCUGGGAGGGUGCCUGGUCUGACGGUUCCAAGGAGUGGACGACCGAGGUGCAGGAAGAGUUGAACCACCAAUUCGGCAGCGAUAGCGUCUUCUGGAUUUCGUACGAGGACAUGCUGCGCAAGUAUCAGCACUUUGACCGCACCCGCCUGUUCCGCGACCCCGACUGGCGCUGCUGUCAAAGGUGGAUCGGCGUCGACGUGCCGUGGAAGCCACAGUACCACGAGAAGUUCCACAUCAAGCUGACGCGCGAAGGUCCCCUGAUCAUCGUCCUGAGCCAGCUUGACAACCGCUAUUUCAGGGGCUUGCAGGGCCAGUACACGUUCCGCUUGCAGUUCCGUGUUCACGAGCAGGGCCGCCCGGACCCCGAGGACUACAUUGUCCGUAGCCAUGGCAACUACCUGAUGAGCCGCUCCGUGUCGGUCGAGCUGCCGUCGAUGCUCCCGGGCACAUACAGUGUCUUCAUCAGCGUUGCUGGCGAGCGCAACCCCGACGUCCCGAGCGUUGAGGAGGUCGUCAAGCGUGAGUGCAAGAAACGGGUCGAGAAUGAGAAGCUUGCCCAGGUGGGGUAUGCGUAUGAUCUCGCCCACAGCAAGGGUGCCGCUCACCUCGAGGCGGUCAAGAAGGCGCGCAAGAAGGCAGAUCAGAAAAAGGCUAGCGAGGCUCGUCAGAAGGAGCGCCACCGCCUAUGGGAGAAGCGACACCUCAACCGCCAGAUCACGAAGAAGCAGGGCCGAAAGAACAACCAGAAGCUCGAGGCCAAGCAGGCAGCUCGCGAGGAGAAGAGGCGGAAGGCCGAGGAGCUGAAGCCUCAGGACAAGGGCGUGCAGACCGAGGAGCCAAAGCAGGACAAGCCGGAGGAGGACAAGGAGCAGGCAAAGGGUGCCGCAUCUGAGGAGAAGCCCAAGGCUGAAGGCAAGGCCGAUUCCGAGGCCAAGAAAGAGGACAUGCAGACGCAGGGCGGUGAUAAGGCCGAUGAUGGGGACGACUCGCCCGACUCGACUCCGAUAGCCACGCCCGUCGAAACUCCCACCACAGAGACGGCCUCGCAACUGGCGGACAAUGCCGACGGGACGGGAGAUUCGGAGAGCAAGCCGGAAGAGAAGGCCGGUUCCUGCGCCGGCUCCGACUCCUCCGGCAGCCCAUCUCCCACUCCGAAGACCGACGCUUCUUCCACGCCCAGCCCCGACGUCAAGGACAAGGACACGGAAAAGGUGCCGGUUCCGCCCGUCGACGAGUCCAAGGUGUCCGGUGGGCCGCCUCCUCCGCCGGCGGCGGCGGAGAAGAAGGCUCCCAACAUGUACGUCACUUCGGACGGCGAGUCGAGUGCGUCGCCCAUCUCGGACUGGGAAGAGCUCUACAGCAGCGACGACAUGUCGCGCAAGCCGCGCAUGGCCGCGCCGGCCCCGCCGAACACCGCCACGGUCAGCAAGUACCACGACGAGACGGAGGACGAGAACGAGCCGGACCCGUGGAACGCCAUCGCCAUCGUGGGGCUGCGCGUCUACUCCAAGGACGAGGACCUCGAGCUGCGCGUCGUCAUGGAAGGCGGCGAGCUCCUGGAGGGCGGCAUGGGCGAGAAGGGCGGCGUGGAUCUCGACAACGCGCAGGCCAACGCUGGCGGCGCGCGGACGACGACGCGCCCGGACAAGAAGUCCGAGGAGGAGGAAGAAGAGGAUGCCGAAGCGUACGAGGGUGACAGCGAAGUCGAGAAGAAGAAGAAGGAGAAGAUGAUGGGGAAGAAGGGGAAGAAGAAGGACAACGACGGAGACGGGAGCGAGGGUGAGGGUGUCGCCGACAAGGAGCAGGCGGUGGUGGAUGACGGGAUGGCGCCGUACGCGGUCAUCGUGCAGAAGGGCAAGGGCGACGAGGAGUACGAGACGGCUGCUGAGACCUUGAUGGACUAGCGGC